AUGUCAAGCAUGAAAGCCCUUGCUGUCACAAAGUUUGGCGAGCCAGCUAGGCUGAUCGAGAGACCCAUUCCUAUACCAGGCCCUGGAGAGGUUCUGCUUAAGGUUGUUGCUGUUGGAUGGAUCGUGACUGCUCUCGGCCCCGAGAAUAACGGCGUUGAUCUGCAGAUCGGGGAUCUUAUCUUCGGGCAAAGCAACCACGGAAAGCGAACUGCCGACCAGUCCGGUCUCCAGGAGUUCUGCCUCCUCGACACUUGCGCCACGGCCAAGAUCCCAUCAGGCUUCACUGCCGACCAUGGGGCCAGUCUUCCCAGCAAUGCCGUGGCUGCUUUUUGGGCCCUCUUCAACCAAUCAGCUCUUGGUCUGCCCCCGCCAUUUAACACCGACUCAGUCCAGGAUCAGCAUAUUGAAGGGAAUUGCAUCGUGGUCAUAGGCGGCGGAUCCAACUGCGGCCGCUACGCCGUCCAGUUCGCCUCUCUAUCUGGUUUAUUCUCAACCAUUGUCGCCGUCGCGGGACCGAGGCACGGCGCAGCCCUUCGUUCCUUCGGGGCUACACAUAUUGUGGACCGGCACGGCGACGAGUCCGAAGUCAUAGACAGCAUCCGAGAUAUUGUUGGUGAUGAUUGUAUGUAUGUUGUAGAUGCCGUCAAUCACGAGCAUACGCUGGGCGUGGCGUGUCUGUCAAACUCCAGACAGGGGAGGAUGGCGACAUUGUGCCCAGGGGAGGCGGAUCUGUCGAGAAUUCCCGACAAGAAGGCGGGAUUUACAAAGGUCUUCUCGUCAGGAGCGUCUCAGAACUCACCGGACCUGGCGAGGGGAUUUUGGACUGCUUUGCCUGGGUGGCUCAAGAGUGGGCAGGUCAAGGCUCUAGAAUGGGAUGUGAUUAAGGGGCUCGAGGAGGCGGCAAUAAAUGCUGUUUGGGAUCUGUACAGAGAUGGCAGAGCUCCAAAGAACCAGGUACAUGUUCAUAUCUAG